CCUCAAAGCACCAGAUGAUGAUGGCAUACUAUUCAGAUGGUAAUGCAUUGAAGCCAUUGUCAUGUUCCUGGGAAUGUGUUUUAACCCACGACAUGAAGAAUCAUCACAAGACGGGGGGAAAAGUUCAAAACAAUGAUUUAUUUAAGGAAUCUAACAAAAGGUGUCCCUGGAAUAAACCCAGAGUAGUUGGAGCCAGAGAGAGUCCAAGUUCUGCAGAUGGAGGAGGCCGAGGAGGGCAGGUGGAGUGACGGGGUGAGUCCAGGAGAGGGAGCCAGGCAGGGUGGCAGAGGAAUAAGAGGAGAGGCGAACCGUGAAGUCCAGGAAGGUAUGGUUCUUUCCAGGUGAGUAAUCCAAAAUACUACCAUGAGCAGUUAAUCAUCCAGCGCUGUGUAGUGGUUCCCUCUCCUCUUAAAUAGAGCUCUGCUGCGGAUGACCUGAGAAGCUGCAGCUGCCGCUGAUUGCUAAUACCCUGCAGCUGGUGAGCUCCCUCUCCUGAAAUGAAGAGCUCAAAGAUGUUAUAGAGAUGAGGAGUACUCACCCCACCACACAACAGCCAUCAGUGUGUGUCACCAAAGUAUCAUCUCUUCCAUUGGAACUGCUUGAUGUAGAAAUACAGCAGUGUCUCAAGGAAGUUUAUCCAUCACAAGCCAAUGUGAAUUUGACCAACUCUCUGACUCAUCAUGGAACUAAAUAUGCCUCAGGAAUGGUUUUGCCUCAUGGAUCUACUUGUGGCUUACCUGACUUUGUGGAGAUUUUAAAAAUUGUUGUCUUAAGCAAUGAAUUUCUUUUCAUUGUGAAGUUGCUCAACAGCUGGUAUGAUGAACAUUUUAGGGCAUUUAUUCUGGAUCCUUCUGGGAAAAUGACCUUAAUACAUCCCAGAGUACUUGGUGACACUUACCCCUUAACAACAUAUUGUGUUGAAGGCAAACAAAUGGUGUCAAUAAAACGUCACAUUGUUUGUUAGUGUAAGGGGAAAGACUCAGAUACCCCCUUUCUUUUUAUUUUUUCUUGCGGUUUUUAUUCUGCAGAUGGACUCCUUUGCCUUGAAAGUAAUUUUUGGACAACAGAGUGAGAAGCUUGUGCUCUCUUCAGGAAUACCCAGGACUGUUGAGGAGUUGCAUGAGACAGUGAGAGAGACAUUUGGGCUAGUUGAGGAUUUCACAUUGCACUAUUAUGAUGACUCAUUCGGAGAUUUCUUUACACUUCAUUCUCCCAACCAAAUCAAAGAUAGGGGUACAGUCAAAGCUGUGGUGAUUCUAUCAGUAGUGCUUACAUUGAUUCCUCAGUGUGAAAAUCCCUCAGAUGUAAGAUCACUGAAUGAAAGUUCAAGCUCUUCAACCUAUAAAACCACAAAGGACCAAACAGAUGGAUCAUCUCUGUCUUCAGACAACACUGUCAUACUCUCCCCUCUUCAAAGUCCUCUGAAGACUCAAUGGCCAGAUUAAAUUGUCAUUCCACUUUUCUCUGUGGCAACAGAGACUGUACUGAAAAAUGCCAAUGAAGUCUUUGUUCAAAAUGGCACUGUGCUGAAAAAUACUUCAGUCAAUUCAGAUAUAAUGGAAAAAUUAGCUGAUGAUAUGUACAGCUACACAGCCUACCCUACUGGCCUUCAGAUUGGAGAAGUGGCAGAGGCUCUGGUCAAAAAGCACCCAUGUCUGACAGAGCCAGGCAGUCGUAAUGGCUGGAUGGGAUGGAUGUAGUCUUAAAUACAAGAUGGGAAAUUACAGGUCAAAGUUACGAAGUCUUGGAGUUCCAGAGGUUACUUGCAACUCACUGAAGAACAAGCACCCUGAUGACAAGGCUCCAGCGAAGAACAUAAAGAAGGUGCAGAAAGGAGAAGUGCUGUUUCUGCCACACUAUCCAGGACAAGAUGGUAAAGAACAGCAAGAGCUGGAGCGACAACAACUGAUUGAUGAGUGUAAGAAGAAAAACAGCACAGCCAUCAAGGAUUUAAUGUGCAAAACCUUUGCAGAUAGAAGACAUGAUAUUAUCAGCCAACAGCUGAGUGUCAGCAACAUCAAGGACAGAUGGCCGGCGUUGUUUGACGUCUCCCAAGUAAGUGAACAUUUAAAGAGAUAUCCACUUGUAAAUAAAUCACUUGUAAAUAAAAUUUGGUCUGUUACAUCCCCCAUCAUAAGAUAAGUGAGGAAAAACAUGUUGCUACCAUCCUAGUGAUUUUGAUGGUCUUGCAGCAGCCAGGUUGCUUUAAUUUGUCAUAAGACAGUAGAAUCGCUAGGAAUUUGAAUCAAAAUGAGGAAUCUGAAUCAAAACCAGAAUGGUUCUAAUUGAAACCAUUCCCAAGCCUAGGGAACAAUAAAUGCUAGUAAUUUCCAUUCACUUAAAUUGUUUUAGGCUAAGCUAAUGUAACCUGACUGAAGAAUGACUGGGCUGAUUGCAAAGUGCCUUUAUCUCACUUAUCUAACUGGAGCACAAAACGGCAGACUAGAUUUUACUGAAGAGUGAAGAGUAAUUUAAUAUUUUAAAACGUUGGUUACGUAUUGUAACCCCAGAUUCUAUGAGUCCAGGUGCAGCCCUUUAAGUGGGUAUUCUCCUUGUGCGCGCAUCACUUAAGUAAUUUAGUCCACGCCCACCUGCUGUGUGGGCCUCACCCUGGUCUAGUAUAAGUUACGGUGAGAGCAGGAAAUCGGCUCUACUGUUUUUCUUCAGCCAGCCAGAAGAUGUCCAGGGAGACCAUCCGUCUGUGACCAUCCUGCCAGACCGGCUCCAUCAUGUCGUAUGACCGACAUGCCAUCUGCGUGGGCUGCCUCGGUCCUCACCAUGCGGACCUCGCCCUCACACCUUAAUCCUAUUGCCGCUCCUGUUAGCUCCUCCCGCCAGAGGAAAAGCAGUGGAGGUCAGCCUUUUUCAAGGCUGAUGCUGAGGAGGCGUUCCCGCUAAGAGAGGUACUCGCUGGAAGAAGCCAGAGGGCAAUCUGGCUCCGCCUCUUCCCUCCAAGAUUAUACAAUCUCACAGGGAAAUAAUGCAAGCAAUUCAUAACAUAAAAUUUAGAAGCUUAGUGGAAGAUAAUACUUUAUGUUAAGGCUUUAGUCUGCAUACGGAACAACUCUACUUAUAUAGAUUUAUGUCUGGAUGAGUAAAUUAAUCUUUUGCAUGUUAGAAAAUAAGGUCCAGGUUGCAAAAAAUGGUAGUUCCAGUUAAAGAUUUUUUUUGGAUUGAAUUUUGGCCUUCAGAUUUUUUGUCCUUUGUUUUUUGUCCUCUCCCAUCCAGGUCAGUGCAGUUUCACAGGAUCACGACCCUGAACCUUGAACCAAAGUUCAUGUCAUUGUUGGACUUGUAUUCAUCCAAACUCCUGUCCUUGUUUCAAGCCAAGAAAGGUGCUGCUGGACAACGCCACAGGGCACAGUUAAACCUUCUGCUUCAGAGUGGAAAUUCCAUCGAGAAAAAACGAGAAGUCAUCAUCAGAUGUCUCAUUGACCAUCUGGGAGAGGAUCCAAGUGCCUUAAUCAAAACCUUUGAGGACAGUGCUGAUGCUGUCUUUGUUGAAGAGGCUUUGGCUGAGGAGGUGAUGAAGAUUUACCUGCUGCAGAAUCAAGACAGGUCAGGUGAACCUACUGAUGUGGGUAUUGUUAUUGAAGGCGUUACUGUUCUGGGCAAACUUGGGAAUCCAAGCAAAGCGUGUUGCUAUCUUUUGGGACUGUGCUAUGCUCUGGAUCUGAAAUAUCCCAAGAAUCUCAAAUGCACAUUUGAAGCAUUUCAAAAAGUGUUCAUGGAGCUGGAUACAGGAAACCUUUCUGUCAAGGUUCAAAGACUGAAAAAUGACCUCUGUUCAUUGUAGACAAAAUUUCACAGGGCUGUUCUUAAAGUGUUAGACUUGUUAAGUGACAUGUAAUGCUCAUCAAAAGGUUCAGUUGCGGCAUUACAUAGUGUUGACAUUCCUGUUUAUAAAUAAUGUUUGUACCAUAAACUGUGUUUUGUAUUAACUUUCCAGAUUCACAUUAAGGUGUAAAUGGAAGAGUAUCUUCUGUAUGUUUUUUUUAAUUUGUUUUUUAGCGCAAUCCUUUUUGAAACCUUUUUAUUUAAAUUAUGAAUGUUCUUUUGGUCACUCUUUAGUUAUAAUCUUCCCAAUUUUUUGGAAUCAAAAUAAGAUGUUCAAAAACUGCCAGUGCAAAUGUUUAAUUUUUUUCAGGAUUUAUAUGUUUUUGGGAUCUUAAUUUUAUUUUUGUCAUUUGACCUUUUCUGAAAAGGUAAAGCACUGCAUUCACUUGAGCCACUUUUAUUCUUUGUAUGGCAGGUACAUUUUUCUUGUUGUUGGCAUCAAUAUGCCAGUUUUACAGAGUUUUAUCAAGCAUGACAAUUUGGAUGCAAUUUUAUUAUAUAAGACUGUUGUGACUGAAAUUUUAUCCAAGUUUUAUCCACUGAAUGUAGAAAAGAUUUCAGCUCACUGUGUUCAGAGAAGGAAUCUGC